AAUAACUCAACUAGGUUGACCUAUGAACUCUUUGAUCAAUUUCGUCAACACACGUCAGCGCAUGGGCUGGUCAAGCAUGCAGGUGCCCCAGGCAGACAACUCCCAAAUCCAGUGAAGCGGAACAUUCCAGACUCAACGGAACAACAUCACACUUUCCCGCUCUAAUUACAGACUGUCGUUUGGCAUCAACGGCUCCAACUUGUUUUGAUCACAAGUUUGGACCCUCUUGGCCUUAGCAGGGUUGUUCAAUCAGGUAGCUGACAACCGCCCCUCUUGCCAGAGAAAGAAGACAAGUCACUGCCAUCAUCCACCCAUGGCUGAAGAAGUGCCUACUAGUACCUUCCAAUUGCAAGAUGUUCAAUCAAUGUCAUCAUCGGACGGAUUGUUCAAGCAGAACCCGCGGUCAGAGGAAGUUAUCAGGGUGAUUUGUAACGAGGAUGAGCUGAAAGCCGCGUGGGCUCUUCGCGACGCAUGCUUUCCACCAGAUGAGUCCGUAUCCCUGGAGGAUUACCUGAAGUACUACCGUACUGCACCUCACCUCCUUUUUGGCUACUUUGACGGGGAGAAGGUACGAGGGUUCCUGCGGGGAGGGAGCAUGAAAGGCGCCCACUUCUCGGCAGAUCCCACAUGUGCCGGGGACUCACACGACCCGGAGGGGGACACGAUGGUUCUGCAGAUGCUCUGUGUGGAGGAGCAGUCCCGACGCAGGGGCAUCGGCCAGAGCCUGAUCAGGGCCUUCACCGAGUACGUGAAGGCGAAGGAGACCAAGGUGCAGAGAAUCAUCCUGAUGUGCCACGCCGAGCUCAUCCCUGUGUACACCCGCGUGGGGUUCACCCUGGUGGGGAGGGCGGAGGUCAAGUUCGGGAAGAGGGCGUGGUAUGAGUGCUGCUUGGACCUCGCCACGUACGAGUCGGCGGCAACGGACGACGCCUUCCAGUCAAGAUAUAUCCCCAUGGCAACGGACAAUGUCAGUGGAGCGAAAUCUGUUUCCAUGGCAAUGGGCAAUGCCAAUGGAUCGACCGUUUCCGUUGAGAGUGAAGAGGAGUUUGAGGAACUGAAGGCGCUGGACUACAGUGAUUGACCUCUAACCCUAGAGUAACGGUCCAAGCAACAGUUAGAGUCAGUUUACCGUUUAAUUUGGCAAAAUGCAGUACAUGUACAUGUAUUUAGAUACUCAUAAGAUAUAACCUCCAUUUAUCUGCUAGAUUACAUAUAUAUCUACCACUUUGAAAAAUAGAAAAGCACCUCCACAUAUUGUAGUUUACGGUACUUUAGAUAUACAGGCACUGUGUGUGUGCUGUGAUAUGAAUCAUAUUUUCUAGCAUAAAUCAAAAGAUUACAAAACAAUGAUUGCACUUUUCUUCUCAGUACUAAUAUAAAGGGAUAUGAUAUUUGACAUUGUUGUAUUUUUAGGUAACUUUAAUAUUCGGGACUAUAAGCAAUAAAUUAAUUAUUGGCAAUUCCAACUUUAACCUUUCAAUAUGUGCCUUCAUUCCAAGGAGCAUGGUAGUAUUGGAAGGCCAGAU